AUGGGUCACCAGCAGCUCUACUGGAGCCACCGGCGAAAAUUCGGCCAGGGUUCCCAUUCUUACCGCUUGUGCUCAAACCAGAAAUACGGCCUCAGUGUGUGCCGUCAGUGUUUCCGUAGGUAUGUGAAGGAUAUCGGCUUCAUCAGGCUGGACUAA